AUGUCUACGCGACAGGUUGAGGCUUCUCUCUGCGGAAGGUAUCUUUUUAACAAAAACGUAUUUAAAUGCAGACUGCAAGGCAAGGUUGCACUAAUCACAGGAGGAUCGGGUGGCAUUGGAGAGGCCACUGUUCGGCUAUUCUCAAAUCAUGGAGCCAAAGUCAUUAUUGCAGACGUAGCAGAUGACGCUGGUGUCAAAUUGGCGGAAUCCCUUUCUCCUUGGGCGAAAUAUAUCCACUGUGAUGUGACCAAAGAAAAAGAUGUAAGUGCAGCCGUGGAUUUGGCCAUUGAAAAGCACGGAAAGCUUGACAUAAUGUAUAAUAACGCAGGAGUCCUGAAAGUCCAGAAAGGAAGCGUGGCAGAGUAUGAUAUGGAGGAAUUCGAGCGAGUGAUGAACAUAAAUGUGAAAGGAGUAAUGCAUGGGAUUAAGCAUGCGGCUCGCGUUAUGAUUCCUAAUAGAAAGGGCACCAUUAUCUCAACGGCUAGUGUUGCGGGAAUAGUAGGAGCAGCUAGUCCUUACUCCUACACAGCCUCCAAACAUGCCAUUGUUGGGUUGACUAAGAAUGGUGCAGCAGAGUUGGGGAAAUGUGGUAUACGAGUGAAUUGUGUUUCCCCUGCUUUAGUUGCCACAGAUCUGGCACUGAAUUAUGCGGGAAUGACCCCUUCACCACAGGCAAAGGCCCAGUUGGAGGCCGCGGCUCAGAUGAUAGUGCCCUUAAAGGAAGCCAUUCUUAAAGCAGAGGAUAUUGCAAUGGCUGCCUUGUAUCUGGCCAGUGAUGAAUCCAAAUAUGUGAAUGGUCACAACAUAGUGGUAGACGGGGGAGUAACAGUUGCAAACAACUGUUGGGGAUUGUAUUAG